AUGCCCGAGAAACGACUUCCGGUGCGAGCUCGAGAGGACCGGAGGCGGAAGUUGAGAUCCACUGCGAAGAUCUACGAAUCUCAGACCAUACGAGCUGCUGCAGACGACGGUGCAUCCCUUAUCGCGAAAAGGAAAAACGUCGCGAAUUCCCAAGAUCCAUUACCAUGUAAGGAUCUAAAUUUCGCCAGUAAUAACGCGGAACCCUGCGAGAAGACCUACUGUGCCUGGGGCGCGUCGUGCAGCGUGUCCGAUGACGGUAAGGCUCAGUGCCAGUGUCCUGCGGAUUGUCCCACAACUUCAAAUCCCGUCUGCGGCUCGGACGACGUGACCUACACGAACUAUUGUCACCUGCGGCAGGUCAGCUGUCAAAAAAGGAAAAACACCAGGGUGAAGCAUCAAGGCGCGUGCGUUUCCGAUUUGAAGGACCAAAAGGAAAACUUGAGAUAUAACGUCAUAUUCUAG